UUGUCUUCUGUGAAAGGCGCGGAUAUCUGAGAGGGGGUAGUGGUGUUCUCAAAAACGUGUGUGAGAAGAUGUUUCAUAGCUUAAUGAAGUUUAAAGUAAUUUAAUAUCGAGUUAUUAAUUACUUAAUUGUGAAUGCUCGGUGGAAUAUAUUUUGUGAGGAUGAAAAACAGAAAAACUGUUCUUCAUUAUAGAAUUAUGCACAUUUCGAAUGAGCUCGGUGUAUUUACUUUUUAAUACUACUGUUAUAUAUGUAUAUACUUGAAUUUCAAAAGAAUAAGUUCUAGUUUUUACUUCUAGUGUAUGCGACAAUGUGUAACUUGUACUGAAGUUGUAGUGAAACAUUCACAUAUUAUUGACCUAAAUAUGUCAAAUUCAAGACAAGAUUGCUAUUGGCAAAAUUUGGUUGAAAUGAACUAUUCUUUACUUCAGCCCGUGGUUAUGCUGGAAAGGUUGCCUGAUGAAGUGAUAGAAUCACAUGUUGAGAGUUAUGAAUAUUCCAAAUGGGCAGCUGGUAAAUUAGUACAUGAUGAAAAAUGCUACCCCUCUUGGAGUUGGUAUGUUGCCGAAAAUAAAUCUACCAAAUGGGACCGAAGUCCAGUACCUCCGGGAAAAGAUCAAUCAUCAUCAGUGGCAGGAAAUUUUAAGUUAACCUCUCUUUAUGAAAAUGCUGAAAAACAAGCAUUGUUCAGAACUACGUGCACGAGUAAAAACAAUGUAAGAUGCUCAAAAUGUGGAGUUUUAUUUUUAAAGACAAAAGCUACUGCCAUGUGUUUGAAUUGCAGACCUAAGGCUCCAGCCAUGGAAAAGAUAAAAAAACAAUGGAAGCAGAUGAGCAUAAAUUCAUAUAAUCUGCCUAAACAAAGAGCUCAUAUGGUAAUUAAUGAUAAAUCAGAAGAAACAAACCUGCAAACUAAUGCCAAAAGAAUAGAACUAAUUAAAUAUCCAAAAAAAAGGAAAUGGCCUGAAGAAAAGCAUUACAAUAAUGAUGAUAAAUGUGGUUUUAAGUCACUGGAAAGCAAAGUGACUAAAAGGAUAAGAAACUGGGAUGGUUCAUUCACUCAUGCAAACAAACUAACACCAAUCAACAAGCAGAAUUCUCAAAGAAUUUCUUGGGAUUCGUCUAGUAAAAUUUUCAAGAAUGAUGAUAUGUUGCCAGUAAAAAAAACUAACAGUAGUUUACAUAACAAAAAGUCAAAUAUAUUAGAAAAUCAUAAUUGGAUUAGGGAUCAAAAAGGUAAUGGAACUAAUAAAUGUCAUUUAUUGGUUGAUAAAAUAAAAACAACUCUCCCUAAAAAAGAAGGUACAUUUAUGAACUUCCAAAAAAGGGCAAUAAUAAAAAAUGAAAAAAGUUAUCAGAAAAUUGUAAACCUUGAUCAUAAAACAAGAAAAGAGAAAGAUGAUGAUUUAUGUAUGCAGACUCUUGAGAGAACUGAUAUUCAUGAAAGAAUAAAAAUCAAUAGUGGUGAGAUUCAACCUAAACAUUCACCAUCACAGCAGAAAGGAUUAAGGACCAAUGAAGUGGAAUGGAAAAAAUACCAAAAGAGUUCACAUUCAGAGAAUUUUAACACUAACAAAAAUAGUUGGAGAAAUGAGGAGGUAUCCUACACUGUUCGUAGUGAUUGUAUUAACGAAGUCAAUCCAAAUUCAAAGAAAGUAAUGGAUGUCGGUUGUUCUCAAGGUAAUAAGAUAGGAGAAUGUUUACAGCCUCGGAACACUGUAAAUGUUGAAACCCAACAAGACAAAAAGCAGGCUUUGGAAAGCUUUAGUUGUAAAAAUAGUAAUCAAAAUGAAGAUUUAAAGCAUAAUGUAAAAAUGAAGGAAAGUGAUAAGAAGGUUGACGAAUGUCGAUCAACAACAACAAAGGUAAUAUUGAAUGUUGACAGAAAUAAAAUAAUGUUUACACAAGCAGUGGGAUCAUGUGAGAAGAGAGGUGUGGAGGUUAAGGAUGUAAGAAAUGGUCUCCUUCUCAUGACAUUUGGUGAUGACGAAGACAUAAUCAGUGAGACAGAAGAACCUUUAGUUAAAUGUCAGAUACCAGAAGAGGGUGUUUGUGGUACUUUUCAAGAAGGUAACACAGAUAUGCAUUAUUAUAAUGAUAAUUUACAACAUUUAGAAGAUCAAGAGCCCAAUUGUGAAGUAAAGAAUAAUUGUGUGAAACUUGGAGACAAAUUUAAACCAGUUUUGCAUUGUGAUAAUAGGAUAAAGAAAAGUUUAACACCUGAAAGCGUGAAGGAUUUCGAAAUGGGCAAAGGAAAUUUAAAGAAAAGUGUUGGAAAGAGGACUGUAAAAGUACCAGAGGUUAAAGAUGACCAUGGUCAUUUACAGCUAAUCAGCCACUCGAGUUCUCAAAACUCCAUUUCUAACCUUAAAGAUCCAAAAAUUAUACAACAUGUGACUUUCCAUGAUGAAACUGAUAAACAGUAUGGUAAAUUUCCUGCUAAUUCAAAAGUAAUGAGCCAAUCAGAAAGUGCAGAAUCCAUCUCUAGUUACGAAAAGUCAGUACCUCUCGUUGAAAAUGUCAAUUUAAAUAAAAAGAAAUUGACAACCUUAAAAGAAGAAAUUGUUAAUUUUUGGAAAGAAGGCUCAACAAUGAUCACUCCUUUAGAUGAACUUGACUGCCUAACUGUAGCAAGCAUUGUAGACUUGGAUUGUGGUCCUGAAAGGGCAAUGAACUUGUUCAGAUUCAAGCUAUUGCAGAAUGUUUGCCUCCUAAAAAAAUUGGCUAUUGCAGAGCAGAAUCGGGAGAUUCCUGCAGAGGUAGUUAAGAAAAAUAAAAACAUGAUAUUAUCAGCAAUUACAAAACUUCUUUUUUCAGUUAGAUUAGUAAGAAUGUCCAAAGAUGAUUCUCAGUCCACACAUCAAGAAAAUGUUCAAAGUAAUUUAAGUUGUAACAGUCAUUAUAGUGAUCAUGUAUCAGUAGGAACAGAGGUUUCUUCUGCAAUAGAUAUUAUUAACAGCCAGCUCUCAAGCAAAGAAUGUGAACUAUCCUUAGAUGAUCAAAAUCAGAAUCAACAGUUGGUAGAAUCUUUGCAUGAAUGUCUUGGGUUUGAAAGUGCAAGGAACCCGUAUAAUUCAGGUAAAAAGUCCAUUGAAUAUGAUUUUGUUCCAUUGUCAUCCAGUGCACAUCAGACAAGCAGUUUUAACUAUGAACAACAGUUACAAAAUAUUAAUAUUGUGCCCACAGAUAAAAAAAACCCAGAAGCAUCUCCAAAAAAUUCUGCUAAACAACAGUUGUUUCAUUUAUCUAGUGGACAAAACAGUUUUGGCACAAGGGUGAAUGAAGUUUCAGAGAAGUGUUCUACGAAUGGACAAGCCUCAAGUCAGACAAAAACAUUGAUGAAGAAGACGACAGAACUUCCUCAAGGUGUAACACAUUCAAAUAUAAAGUUAGGUCAACAACUACAUGACAGUAAUGUGGCUCCUGAACUUACACCAUCAUCAAAAACUAGUGGAAGUCUUUAUGAAAAUCAUUUUGAAUCCAUUUUAAGAAAGCAAAGUGACGAGACAAUUUCAAAGUUGGCACAAGGAGAGCUUUGCUCUAAGCAACCGACAGAAAUGUCUGCACAAAAGAAACAAGAUAUAGAAACUAAUUUGACGCAGGAGCUAAAUCUUAUUAAAAGUUAUUUAGCCCAACAGUUUUUGAAGUCUAUUCAAAAGCCACAUCAGGAUGUAGAGCCUUCAGAAUUAUCACAUCAGAGUUUAGAUACAGAUUUUGUAGGUAUGUCACAUCAGCAUUCGAAGUUAAGUGAAAACCCUCAUAUGAAUCAUUCCCUGACUUGUGAGUCACAAUUACAGCAGCUUGGCAUAGAAAGUCCAAAUCCAAACAUUAUUCAACAGCCAAGACUGAACAGUAAUUCAUGCAAUCAACAACAUGUGAUGUUCUCCAACCAACAGCAUUACAAGGACAGUACUAGUGCCACAUGUUAUAGAUUAGCACCCAAAAGAGUAUUUAGUCAACAUCAGCUCCAGCAAAUAGCUGCCCUGACCUUUACACAAGGACAUAGUUCUAAAGUAACAUCUGAAGAGCCAUCUGAUGUUGGAUCCAGUCAGGUUCACCAGCAAUUAUCAUACCCCAAAAAAGAUCAUGAAUCUCAAUAUGUUCAAGAAUCCAUCACAACCAGUACACAACAACAUUGGGACAAAAAGACAGAGCUUUCACAACAGGAAAGAUCCAUAAAAUGUACUCUUAACCAGGUGUCUGCAACAUCCGUUCCUUCAUAUCCAUUUACUGCACUGCUGCAAAAGAAUUCCCUAAAUAUUGCAAAUUCCACAAUAUCACCAGCUCUUGGUCAUAAACAAAUGUUAUUACCCACCAUUAGAUUGGUCCCUGAUGAAAACAUUCCUUCAUAUUCCAACCUAAGGCCAGUGCUUCAAGUACCUAAUAAACCUUUUUAUCAAAGAAUACUUUCUAAUUCAAGAAACUCUGUGUCUCCGGAGUCAGAACGUACCUCUGUUAGUAGUUGUACAUCAGGAGAUACGUGCAACUCACCAGUUUUAGAAAAUGACUUGCAAAGUAAACAGUGUAUUGAUGAUUUGAAUCCAACAUUAGUAUCUCCCAUCUCUCACAACAUUGGUCAUUGGACAAAAAACAUUGGACAACAGAGUGAACCUGAAUCCAUAACCUAUGAUCUUCAGUUGGGAAGAAUGAAUAUGCCACUGUGUCCUCCAUAUAGCCUUCAACAAAAUUUUCCAGAAUUAACAAAUGUUAUCUGCACUCCAAAGAAUCAGUAUUUCUCAAAAGCAUUUACUUACCAUCAGGUUGGAAGUUCAAAUCCAACAGUACCAAGAAGUGGUUUGGUUCCUUGUGCAACUAGAGUACCAAUGCCCAACAUAACCUCGCCAUCUAGUACAAGUUUCAUGAUUCACUCAGGAAUCAAAGAGAGUUCUCUGCUACCACUGUCCCAGUGUAUGUUGUGUGGGAAACAAGCUAAAAACGUUUGUUCAGCCUGUUCCAAAGUCUCGUAUUGCGGAGAAGCUUGUGCCAAGAUGUACUGGACAAUGAAACACUUCCAAGAAUGUGAACGUUUACAAAGCUGAUCAAAAAGUGUUUGGUCUUGAUGAAGUAGACAUGUGGCCCUGUUCGUAAACCAGAAUGGCUAAAUGAUUUGCCUCUGCAGACUCGGGUACUGUUAUGUUUCUUUGAGAUAUGGAUUUUAAGAAUGUGGUUUCCAUCUACCAGGUGGUGUUUACCUCAACAGUGCAAAUAGAAAGGAAACUCGGAGAAGUUCUGGAAGACCUGCAGGUUGAGAUUGUUGAAUUGUGAUUUACUAGACUUGUUUGAUUUGCACAAAUAUAUACGUCUUAAAGAAUGUUACAUAAAACUGGUGCUACAACUUUACUACCUGAAAUUAGUACUGUUACCUAUAUCCUUCAAUUUUUUCAGAAGGAGAAGGCUUGUGUACUCUUUUAAAAAAAAAAAAAAAUGUCCAUGCUUCAACAGCUGUAAAUAUGUAAAAUGUUUGAAGACUACUGUACUUCAUAGACUUAAAACUACAUUGAUGGAAAUGUAGUUAUUGUAUUACAGGAAGAAUAACUUCAAAAAAGUAAAUGUGCAUACACCGUUAAUAACUCAUAAAUGUAAAUACCGACAUGUUAUUAAUAUACCAAAAUACCAGUGUAUUUAAUGCUGCUUGUAAAUAUUUAAGAACUUUCUUUGAUAUAUUGUUUAAGCAGAGUAUUUGUGAUGAAAUUUGUUUAAAUGGAUGGCAACUGCCUGUUGUAGAUGGCUGCUGUCUGUUCAAAAACUUUUGUUAUUAAUAAUGAAGUAUGAAGCCUAACGUUAUUAGAUCUAGGUUUACAUUUCCAUUUUUUUUAAUGCAUUAAUAUUUCUUGUAUUAAUUUAAGUAUUUCAAGUUAACAGUGGAAAACUUCAAGUUCUCCCCAAAUUAGCAUAAUGUUACAAAAAAAUAAAAUGUAUUUCUUGUACUUUGAAGGUCGUAGCAAUAGUUGGUAUGUGACAUUUAUAAAAAAGUAAAAAUUGUUUUAUAACUGGACUUGUGUAUAUUGAGCAAUAGGAAAACAGGAUGUAAGGAAUUAAUUUUUUUUUCAUUAGACCUGAAGAUAUUUUCUCAAGGUCAUACUAAUCAAUUCUUUUUUCCAUUGAUGUUUACUUUCCAGUGAUUUUACUAACAAUAUAUAUAUAUAUAUCAUUUAUUGUUAUAACCGCUGCCUUUGAUGCAAAAUUAGCAUCCAAGAGAAACUCAAAACACCUGAUGUUCAUAGCAGACUAACUAUGCAGGAUACUGUGAUAGCUGCAAAGUUUUCCAUCUGUCGUGCGGUUUGUCAGUUUUUGCCGUUUAGAUCUGUUGAAUAAAGGUAGCUUUCACAUCA